CCAUGGCGCCCGCGGCGGGGUGGGCGCCCGCCCUCUGGAGGGCCUGCAAUGCGCUGAUGGCCGCCUUCUUCGCGCUGGCGGCCUUGGUGCAGGUAAAUGAUCCGGAUGCAGAGCUCUGGGUGGUUGUGUAUAUGAUUCCUGCAGUGCUGACCUUGCUUGUUGGACUUAACCCUCCUGUCACAGGCAACUUUAUUUGGAAGAGUAUCUCUGCAGUCCACAUGUUCUUUUGCAUGGUGUGGGCUAUCGGCUUGGCCUACUACCUCACGCUUCACACACAGUGGAACAUCUUGCACGAGGAAGAAGGCAGGGAGCUGUUUGGUCUGGUGAUUAUCUCAGCAUGGAUAAGUCUAUGUUACAGCUCACCAAAGAAUCCAGUUGGUGGAAGGAUUCAGUUGGCUAUUGCCAUUGUAAUGGCUCUUUUCCCAUUCAUCGCAUGGGUCUACAUAUAUGUGAACAAGGAGAUGCGUUCCUCCUGGCCAACUCACUGCAAGACAGUAAUUUAAAUGAAGUAAAGA